CCACUACCAAGGCAUGUUUUGUUAUGCUGAAACUGGGCUGCUGCAUACUGCUAAAUGGCACCUCUGGGAUUGGCCUACCUGGGGAUUUCUUGGUUCGUGAAAACAGGAGAGGAGAGAGAUCUCAUACAAGUGAAAGGAUACUGGAGAGAGAAAUUACCCAUUUCUAAGAAAAACCACACUCUGUUGUAUCUGUGUUAAUGUUUUCUAGCGUGUACUCUGGUUUCAACAGACACAAAUUUAUAUGUAACCCAGUUUUCUUGCCUUUCUGUAAGUGUUUUAUUCUUAAUGUGAUUUUUUUCCAUCAGGAUGUUUUUGAUUCAACUUGUUCAUUUUGUUUUGCUUGGGAGGAAAAUAAUUUUACUUUUUUCCUUUAGGAGCACUAUGAGCAUUAUGUCAGAAUAGAAUAGAAUUGGGGUUCGAUCUUAACAGGCCAGAAAUGCCCAGUUUUUUGGUUUGUUUUUGUUUUUGUUUUUUUAUCAAAUCCUGCCUGAAUGUCUGCUUGUUUUGCCUACCAUCGUGACAUCUCCAUGGCUGUACCACCUUGUCGGGUAGCUUAUCAGACUGAUGUUGACUGUUGAAUCUCAUGGCAACACCAGUCGAUGGGCUGUCUGACAUUUUGGUAUCUUUCAUCUGACCAUCCAUAUCCAAUGUUCUCAUUUAAACAUUACCCAGCAUCAUUGUUUAUAAUCAGAAACUCUGGUCCUUCUGUCUGGUGGCACUUAGAGUCUUUUGUGCCAUAAUGCAGCAGUAUGGAGGGAGGAUUUUAUGGGGAAAUGGGGUCAGUCUUCAUGACCACAAAUAAAUAAAUAAAGGAAAACUAAGCUGCAUUGUGGGUUUUGAAAAGGUGAUUAUACUUCUUAACAAUUUUUUUUUCAGGGACUUUUCUAGCAAUAUGACUCUUACUUGACCUUCUUUGAAAAGCAUUCCCAAAAUGCUUUAUUUUAGAUAGAUUAACAUUAACCAUAAUUUUUUUUAGAUCGAGUCAGCGUAAAUUUCUAAGUCAGCCUCUAGUCGUGUUUCAUCUCUUUCACCUGCAUUUUAUUUGGUGUUUGUCUGAAGAAAGGAAAGAGGAAAGCAAAUACGAAUUGUACUAUUUGUACCAAAUCUUUGGGAUUCAUUGGCAAAUAAUUUCAGUGUGGUGUAUUUUUAAAUAGAAAAAAAAAAACUGUUUCCUAGGUUGAAGGUCUAACUGAUACGUUUGACUUAUGAUGACCGUUUAUGCACUAUCUUUCAAAUGAAUUUGCUUUCAAAAUAAAUGAAGAGCAGCUGUCCUUCUUUCCUCUUUUAAGUGUCCAGCUGUGGCAUGCUCAGAGGUUCCUGCUGGAUUCCAGCUGGAGUGGUGUGAUACCCUUCUUUUUCAGCUGUUGGUGCCUUCCUUCUCGGAUCCACCAAAGUGGAGACAAAUACACGAUCUCAAAGAUACACAGUACCUACUUAAUUCCAGCUGAUGGGAGACCACAGAAUUUGCAAGUGGAUGGUUUGGUAUCACUGUAAAUAAAAAGAGGGCCUGGGAAUUCUUGCGAUUCCAUCUCUACUUUGUAUAAGUCUCAUUUUGUGCCUUACACAUCUGCAGUAUUUAUCAUGUUCCAACUUGGUGACUGUCAAGCAGUGCAGUACAUCAGCAGUUUAUCACUGAAGAGCUGAGGAAUACCUCCCUUAAAACAGACAAUGUCGGCCGGGCACAGUGGCUCACGCCUGUAAUCCCAGCACUUUGGGAGGCCGAGGCAGGCAGAUCACCUGAGGUCAGGAGUUUGAGACCAGCCUGGCCAACAUGGCGAAACCCCAUCUCUACUGAAAAUACAAAAAAUUAGCCGGGCGUGGUGGUGCACGCUUGUAAUCCCAGCUAUUCAGGAGGCUGAGGCAGGAGAAUCCCUUGAACCCAGGAAGCAGGUUGCAGUGAGCCGAGAUGGCACCACUGCACUCCAGCCUGGGCGACAGAGCAAGACAAAAAAAAGACCAUGUCACAUGAAAAUGUGCAAUGUCCAGUUUUCCCAUAGUUUUCUGUAUUGUCUGUAUGCAUAAUCUGGAGUAUGAGUCUGGGAAGAAAGAGGUGUUUAGUUUCAUUUGGAUAGUGGCCACCUCUCCAUUCCCUACAAAUGCUAGAAUGAAGUUUCUUUUUUUUUUUUUUAAUUUUGUAUUUUUUUGAGACAGAGUCUCGCUCCGUCGCCUAGGCUAGAGUGCAAUAGUACAAUCUUGGCUCCCUGCCACUUCCGCCUCCCAGGUUCAAGCGAUUGUCCUGCCUCAGCCUCCGGAGUAGUUGGGAUUUCAGGCACCCACCACCAUGCCAGGCUAGUUCUUGUAUUUUUAGUAGAGACGGGGUUUGGCCAUGUUGGUCAGGCUGGUCUCAAACUCCUGACCUGAGGUGAGCCACCAUGCCCACCUAGAAUGAAGUUUCUUUUUUUUUUUUUUUUUUUUUUUUUUUUGAGACAGAGUCUCGCUCUGUCGCCCGGGCUGGAGUGCAGUGGCACGAUCUCGGCUCACUGCAAGCUCCGCCUCCUGGGUUCACGCCAUUCUCCUGCCUCAGCCUCUCCGAGUAGCUGGGACUAUAGGCGCCCGCCACCACGCCCGGCUAAUUUUUUGUAUUUUUAGUAGAGACGGGGUUUCACCGUGGUCUCGAUCUCCUGACCUCGUGAUCCGCCCGCCUCAGCCUCCCAAAGUGCUGGGAUUACAAGCGUGAGCCACCGCGCCCGGCAGAAGCGUCAGUUUUUGAUGGAUGCUUGAGCCCAGGAAGGCAAUAGACAAGACAUCAAGGUUCACCGGAAGAGACAACAAAAAUGCAGUGAGGAAGGGCAGUAGUCAAAGGUUUUAUGCUCCACGAGAAGGGGUUCUCAGGGCUCUAAGCAGCAGGCAGACUUUACUGCAUGUGUGGUUAGGUGAUGGCGACCUACAGUUUUCACUGGGAACUGGGAUCAAGAGUAACUCGACCUCCUACUCAUGCACGUCUCUGUUUCUUCGCGUUUUCUGUCUCUCUUCCCAUCUCUCUCCCUCCUUAUCCUCUCAGCCUCCUCUGUCUCUCUCCCCAUCUCUCUUCCUCUCUCUCAUUCCCUUCUCAUCCCUCUUUCUCUCUCCUUUUCCAGUUCUCUCUCCCUCCUCAUCUCGCUGCAUGCCACUGUUCAGGCUCCUGGGGCUCCACGUGGAUGGGCGGACACGGGGCUCCUAGGCUAAUUCUCACGGCACAAGCACAGGGCUGCAGGACCUUCGUCCCCCACCUCCCAGCACCCUUAAUGAGAGGUGUGGGGUGUGCCAUGCUCUCCUGGGUGGGUACCACACUCUCCAGGAAGCAGAAACUGCAGGACAAAGCUGGCGCAAGUGACAUGCCCGCGUGGCUGCCAGCUUCCAUCUUGGGAUCUGCUGAGGCCAAAGCAGAGGACACCUGCCCAGGACCCACCCUGCACCAGGGUGGGGGUAGGGGUGGGCUUGGCGGUGGGAAGGGCGAUGGGAGCAGCCACUGCAAAGCAGUCCCUGGCUGGCUUCCUGCCCUGCACCCUGUCACGCAAGGCCUCUCCUCCCACCCCCACCCCUGCCCCUCACCACCUCUACCCCUAGGCUGUCCAGAUCCAGGCUCCAGAAGUCUCCCAGGAUCCAAGAACUAAGGGCAACCACUGGGCUCCGCAGCCCCCAGUCCAUGAGUCAGCCGCCCCUCUGCAUGCUGACAAACCUUGGCUGUCACUUAUCCUCCACCCCAAACCAGCCCCAGCCCCAUCCUGCUGCAAGCCUGUUGGCUGCUGGAGAGGCCGGGCUCCUUUCCUCUCCCCGAGCCUGCCUGAUAUGCUUUCUGGAUCCUGGAGAAAACUGACCCACUAUUCUCAUGCUGGUGCAACUUAUUUCAAGACCUCAAAAAGCUGUACCUUUUGAGCCAGUCUUUUUUCUUGUCUCCACUUGCUAGGGCUGUCAUUGGGACAGUCCUAGAGGGUUGUGCCAAUGGAUGAGUGGAUGGAUGGACAGUAGUCCAGGGAUGAUGUCCCUGUCUGUCCUGAACCCGGCCCUUCCUCCAAUGAGAAGUCUUCCUGAGUGAGUAUAUACAGUCAUCCCUUGGUAUCCAUGGAGGAUUAGUUCUAGGGUCCCCAGGAAUGCCAAAAUCCAUGGAUGCUCAAGUCUCUGAUAUAACAUGACGUAGUACUUACGUAUAAGCUAUGCACAUCCUCCCGUAUACAUUAGACCAUUACUAGAUUAUUUAUGAUAUGUAAUACAAUGCAGAUGCUACAUAAAUGGUUGUGAUACUGUAUUCUUUAGGGAAUGAUGACAAGAACAAAGUCUGCACAUGUUCAAUAGAAACAUAAACAUCCAAUUUAUUUUCUGAAUAUUUUCCAUCUGCUGUCGCUGAAUCUACAGAUGCAGAGCUCCUGGUUACGAGAGCCAAGCGUGCUUUGAGAGUCGGGUGGGUGAGGUUGCUAAUGAGUACAGGGGAGCAGGUGUUGAUCAGGAGGGCCCUGCACUGGGGCAUCUGGACGUCCUGCCUCAGGACUUGAGACUCCAGUUGGAUGGCACAGGCAGACUCAGCCCAGGUCAAAGCCCUCCCCUUGAAGCUUCAUUUUAUCGCGAGCUCUUUCUGGCCCCUGGAAUUUGGCAUCCUUUAGGCCCUGGGUGGAAGGACAGAUGAGCCAGGUUUUAGAUAACAUGUCUAGAAGAGUGAGCCCCUACUGUGUGCCCGGCACUUUCCCCACAGGAUCCUCUAGCUAGAAUAGCCAAGGGUCAUGGAGAGAAAUACCCAGUUAAAAUGUCAGAAAUGAAAAAGCGAUACCAUUAGAGACGCUCAAAAGACCAUUAGGUAAUAGUAUUAGCAUUUGUAUUCUGAGAUCCAACAGCAGCAGUCACUUCCCUCCACCCCUAUGUGUAUCCCAGGACCACCCUGGGCGGGGAGGGCUGAGGUUAGGGAGCACCCAUGGAUGCUCUGAUGCCGGCCCUGGGCCUCGGGGGUGACAGUGAUGAGCAACUGGGUGCACACAUGAGUGGGGCAGCCGGGCCUGGCCAGAGAAGCAACACACACGUGCACAGACGUGUUUACCCACGUACGCGUGUGCACGCACGUGCACAAACACAUUGCAGGCAGGCAUGUUGACGCCUCAGGCAGCGGAGGACCCUGACUCUGGGCCCUGCUGACCCGGGCAAGGCCCCAUGGUGAUGCGUGCCAUGACCUCAGAAUGCCACUGGUGCUUAGCACCUAUCCGCUGUCCAGCCUGCCUCUGUGUUCUACGGCAGUUACUCACAGGCAGUGGUGUUUGUGAGCGGCAGUUUUCUGGUUUUCUCCCUGAGAGGCAUACAUAACCCAGGCCAGCUGAUCAGAAUCAGGUGAGUGUGACCUGCUCUCUUCCCUCCAGGCUGACUUGGGGACAGUGGCUAUGGUAUGGGCGGUGUUGGCCUCUGGGCAGCUACUGACGAGGAGGGUCAUCCCUAAGCACUCAAAGGAACCCCUUCUACACUGCCUGUGUAGAUGAUUUUCUCUUUCGUCCUCACGGUGGCUUCAUAGAGUGGGUGCUGUUCCCGAAUGUACCCAUUCGACAGGAAACUGGGCAUCUCUGUGGCCCUGAGUAUCCCAGGAGGCUGAUCGUACAGAGACCUCUGGUGCCUGACCCCAGUUCGCAUCCACAACCCCGGAAUAGCCCAUCACAGGCCCUUCACCUUGGCAGGUGGAUACCAUUCAACCUGCAGGGGCAGGAUGGACGUGGAGGAUGCGGAUAGUUGGUGGGUGAAGGGGCGAGAGGACAUCAUCAGAAAAUAUACAAAGGGGCACCGAGCCGGGCUGCCAGAGGACAAGGGGCCUGUGCCUAUCGGAAUGUUCGAACAUGUGGAUCCGUUUGGGAUUGUGCAGUCCUGGCCCUCCUGGGAGUCAGCCCCACAGGAAGGCCCUUGUCCUCCCUUCCCUGUGGCUUCUCCCGGGCUGAGCCCUGAGCUGGGUAGGGACAGUGCCAGUCCUUUCUCGGGGUUGGCUCCCAGGCUGGGGCGGCUCCAGGCCCUGUGCAGGUCCUCAGCUCUGCCUGGGUUGCCUUACAGUGAGACGAAGCUGCCUCCUCUGACUGCGCGGGAGGCAAAGCGAAUUCGGCGGGAGACAAGGAGAAACAGCAAGUGGCUGGAGAUGCUGGGCAAAUGGGAGACGUACAAGAACAGCGAAAAGCUCGUAGAUCGCACAUACAAGGGGAUUCCCAGGAACAUCCGGGGCCAGGCAUGGUCAGUCCUCCUGAACAUUCAGGAAAUCAAAUCAAAAAACCCCGGCAAAUACAAGCUCAUGAAGGAGAAGGGCAAGAGGUCAUCUGAAUACAUCCAUCAGAUCGACUGGGAUAUUAGCAGGACUCUCCAGAACCAUGUCUUCUUCUGGCAUCGGUAUGGAGCCAAGCAGCGGGAACUCUUCUACAUACUCCUGGCAUAUGCGGAGUAUAACCCGGAGGUGGGCUACCACAUGAACCUGAGCCGCGUCGCCGCCUUGUUCCUCCUGUAUCUGCCUGAGGAGGACGCAUUCUGGGCACUGGUGCAGCUGCUGGCCAGUGAGAGGCACUCCCUGCAGGGAUUCCACAGCCCAAAUGGCGGGACAGUCCAGGGGCUCCAAGACCAUCGGGAGCAUGUGGUACCCACGUCACAACCCAAGACCAUGUGGCAUCUGGACCAGGACAUAGACGCUGGUCUAUGGGGGCAGCAUCUCUUGUUAAGCUGGCUUCUCCGGACUUUAAUGAAGAUCUCUCUCGGGCUGACCCUACGCCUGUGGGACGUUUACCUGCUACAAGGAAAACAGGCAUUGAUGCACAUGACCAGCAUUGCGUUCGAGCUGUGGCAGAAGCGCCUCAAGGAGACCUCCAGUUCUGGCCUGUGUGCUUGCUUUCGGAGCCGGUUGUGCUGUCACUGGGCCAGGGAUGAUGACACGGUGCUCAAGCACCUCAGGGCCUCUGUGAACAAACGAGCGAGGAAGCAAGCGGACCUGCCACCCCCAGCCAAAGCCGAGCAAGGGUCCUCGGCACCCGGGCCUGUGCCGGCUUCACGUGGCGGGAAGACCCUCUGCAAGGGGGACAGGCAGGCCUCUCCAGGCCCACCAGCCCGGUUCCAGCGGCCCAUUUGGUCAGCUUCCCCGCCACAGGCACCUCAUUCUUCCACACCCGGUCCUGGUGGGGCUGUCCGGGAAGACACCUACCCUGUGGGCACUCGGGGUGUGCCCAGCCCGGCCCUGGCUCAGGGAGGACCUCAGGGUUCCUGGAGAUUCCUGCAGUGGAACUCCAUGGCCCGUCUCCCGACGGACCUGGAUGUAGGGGGCCCUUGGUUCCCCCAUUAUGAUUUCGAACAGAGCUGCUGGGUCCGUGCCAUAUCCCAGGAGGACCAGCUGGCCACCUGCUGGCAGGCUGAACAUUCUGCCGAGAGAGUGAGAUUGGUUUUCGCUGCACCCAGCACUGAUUCCGACCAGGACACCUCCUUCGCAGCUAGGGAAGAGAAGCAGUGCACUCCCACCUCAGGGCCUUAUUAUUUAGUUAAUAGGAUUGUACUCAUGUGACAUUUCUCAAUUUUUUUAAGAGAUAAAGUCUCACGCUGUCACCCAGGCUGGAGUGUGGUGGUGCAAUCAUGGCUCACUGCUUCCUGGAACUCAUGGGCUCCAGCAAUCCUCCUGCCUCAGCCUCCUGACUAAGUGGGACUAUAGGCACACGCCACCGUGCCUGGCUAAUUUCUUUGACUUUUCUCUAGAGACUGGGUCCACCCACGUUUCCCAGGCUGGUCUCAGACUUCUAGACUCAAGUGAACCUGAACCUCCCGCCUCGACCUCUCAAAUUGCUGGGAUUAUAGGUGUGAGCCACCACACCCGGCCUAAAUUUCUUACGUGCCAUGCUACUACAAAACGUCAUUAUGAGGGGCAGCAGGAUGGAAGGUGUAGGAGGACGCUGUAGUGCCUUUACAAUAUUUCUGUAUAUCUAAAAUCAUUUCAACAGGAAACAUUUAUUUCAAAACGUGAAGGUUUUGACGACACCAUGAGCCUGCCUUUGUACUUUAAACUCAUGGAAGGAGAACCACCUUCACAUUUUGAAAUAAAUGUUUCCUGUUGAAAUGAUUUUAGAUAUACAGAAAUAUUGUAAAGGCACUACAGUGUCCUCCUACACCUUCCAUCCAACCUCCCCUCAUAAUGACGUUUUGUAGUAGCAUGACACAUAAGAAAUUUAGGCCGGGUGUGGUGGCUCACACCCGUAAUCCCAGCAAUUUGAGAGGUCGAGGUGGGAGGUUCAGGUUUACUUGAGUCUAGAAGUCUGAGACCAGCCUGGGAAACAUAGGUGGACCCAGUCUCUAGAGAAAAGUCAAAGAAAUUAGCCAGGCACGGUGGCGUGUGCCUAUAGUCCCACCUAGUCAGGAGGCUGAGGCAGGAGGAUUGCUGGAGCCCAUGAGUUCCAGGAAGCAGUGAGCCAUGAUUGCACCACCACACUCCAGCCUGGGUGACAGCGUGAGACUUUAUCUCUUAAAAAAAGAUUAAGAAGGGGGUACAAUCAUAUUAACUAAAUCCUAUUAACUAAAUAAUAAUGUGAACUAUUAUCUAAGGUUAUGAAGAUUAGAAUUAUCCCAUUUUUGCCUAACUUCUCAUACCUGUCCUAAGAUCCCACCUGAGACUCACUCUCUGCCUUCAGCUCAUGUCUCUUCAGCUUCCUCCACAUGGUCCAGCAAACACACACCUGAUGAGCUGAUUGCUCAUACACAAGGAUAGACCUGUGGGCAGCGAUUUUCAAAUUUAUACAGUAAAUGAAUUUUCCAUGGUGUUCCGGAGAGCACUCUUUGAGAGACACUUUGACAGUGGAUCUAGGCCUCAAUAUCCAUCAGCUGCUGUAGCUUGAAUUUUGUUCAAGCUCAGUGAACACCUGCUCUGCCGGGUGCAUGUGAAAGGGGCAAGGAUGAGUAAGCUGCAGAUAAAGAAGACAGGACACAGAGGGUCUGUCUAAGCUCUAUCCCCUGCCUUCAGCACUGACGGAUCCAAUCCAACUCUUAGGCAAUGGUGGCCACGUGCUGGGCCAGCCCCGGGCUCUGAGGAUCUGACAGUGAGUGACGCAGAGCCAGGCCUUGCCCGUGGGGAGCUCUCCAGCAUACAUCUCCCUCUCCCCUCCCAGCGCCCUGCAAAGCAGGCGUCAGUGCCAUUGUUAAUGCACAGAGGAGGAACCUGACUGUUAGAAUAGAUAGUAAAUCCAUUUAAUAGUAAUCAUAUUGUCCAGAAAGAAUGAGGCAUAUUUAUGUGACAUGGGAAGAUCCACAACUAAUGUUAAAUGGUAAAAGAUAUAAAAUGUUAUGCCCAAUAAAAUACUUUCUGUGAGAGAAUAUAUGUUAAUUUAUGCAAGUGGCAUCAAUGCCAUUGUUAAUGCACAGAGGAGGAACCUGACUGUUAGAAUAGAUAGUAAAUCCAUUUAAUAGUAAUCAUAUCCAAAAAGAAUGAGGCAUAUUUAUGUGACAUGGGAAGAUCCACAACUAAUGUUAAAUGGUAAAAGAUACAAAAUGUUAUGCCCAAUAAAAUACUUUCUGUGAGAGAAUAUAUGUUAAUUUAUGCAAGUGGCGCCAAUGUGGAGGGUUUAUGCUAAUUUCAUUAUACCUCACAGACAGAGCUGGGCUCUCCCACUCAUUAUCUGUGUGGCCUAGGGUAAGUCAUUUAACUGCUGUAAGCCUCAGCUUCUUCAUCUGUCAGGCAGUGAUACUCUGACUACUCUGCAGGGUAACUCUUGAGAUUUAAGCGUGAUCAUCUCAGAAUAUGCCUGGCAAACAGUAGGAGCUCAGAACUUGAUGUUUUUUUCCUACAGCAACUGCUGUAGGGGAUAGCAGCUAAUGCAAGAGGUUGGUAAAUCCUUAUAUAUAUCAAAUAUUGUAGAAACAUAACUACAUGCUCCUAUUUUUUCAAACCCUCCCCUCACCCUUUUUUUUCCCCUGAGACAGAGUCUCGCUCUGUUGCCCAGGCUGGAGUGCAGUGGCGCCAUCUCGGCUUGGCUCACUGCAACCUCUGACUCCUGGGUUCAAGCGAUUCUUGUGCCUUAGUCUCCCAAGUAGCUGGGAUUACAGGCAUGUGCCACCAGGCCCAGGCAAUUUUUUUGGUAUUUUUAAUAGAGACGGGGUU